AUGGCUUCAGUAGCGACUAGAAGAGCACCUUCUGCAAGUGAACAGCUUCAGGCCAGGAUGGCUUCGUUAGCAAAGGAAAAAUCAACUUCUCCAACUCUCAGCUCAAUGAAGCCGAUUACCUUGGAACAGAUGUAUGGCCAUCGGCGUCCAAAUAUCGUUGGCUCGAUAGCCAAAGGAGAAGCAAGAACAGCACGAACUAGCUUGGUGUCGGGCAGCCAGUCACAAUCGAUUCCAAAACUGCGGGAUCCGACGAAUAGUAAAAUUCCUUUUUCGCUGCGAGUGAAUUUUUUGAACAAGAUUUUCUCGCAGUACUUAGAAGUUUGCCCAGAAGUGGAGGCAGUUAGAAACUCUGAAAUUGAGGAGAAGGCAAUACUCGACAAAGUUCGCCAUGCACAAGGCUAUAAAGUGGCAGCAAUCAAUCUGAUCGGUCGUAUUCGCAACGCCAAAUCAACUGGUCUUAGUAAGCCAAGAGCAGCUCUCUCACAUGACGCUGUUCUUGCGGGCCGUCAUGUGAAUGACAUAUCAAUUCGGGUUCGAAAAACAGAGAAACAUGGCGUCAGUACCCUUACUGAGAAGGAGUAUCCACGAGCUGUUGCGGGCGAUGAUCAACUAGUGACAAUAGCACCGUCCCAUUUCGAGAAGUCAAAAUCGCAAAAAUCAUGGGCAGAAAAAGACGAUCUUGAGCGCUUGUGCUCACGAUGUCAUAAAGAGUUUCGUUUGGAUCCUAAAGGAAAUGUGGUUACGGCUGAGUGCAUUUAUCACUUCAAAGGGCUUCAGAGACGUGGAGGUAUGCGUGGCGAGUCGUACUUUUCCUGCUGUGGUGCUGACCGCAACACGCCCGGAUGUUGUGUUGCGGAGGCCCACGUUUCUGACACCUUGAAUGCAGAAGCUUUACGCGAGUUUACGCCCACACCUCCUUCACGAGGAGAAGACGAUCCAAGAAACGAAAAGGUUUACGCCAUGGAUUGCGAAAUGGUCUACGGUGUGUGGGGCCCUGAACUGGCUCGUGUGUCUGUUGUAGAUAUGGAUAACAAAUUAGUGCUCGAUCUCAUAGUAAAGCCUCAUAAUAGAGUAAUCGACUACAAUACGCGGUUCUCUGGUUUGACGGCUAACCAAGUUGAAGCAUCUACAAUUGAUCUCUUCGAGGCACAAAACCGUCUCUUCGAAUUAGUAAACGAGCAAAGCAUAUUGAUUGGGCAUAGCCUGGAAUCUGAUUUAAAAGCAAUGAGACUCCGACAUGAAAAAGUCGUGGAUACUGCCGUUGUUUACGAGCACAGGCAAGGUUUCCCUUUCAAACGGGCUCUACGGAAUCUCGCCAGCGAGUAUCUUCAAAAGAUCAUCCAAGAAGAUGAUAGCGGUCACGACAGCCAAGAAGAUGCUGCCACUUGUAUGAGCCUUAUGCUAUUGAAAGCAAAGGACGAGGUGAUCGAUAUGGCGAGUGCUGUGGGUAAAGUACAGAAGCUAGGCAAGACCUUAUGGGAGCACAAGAAGAAAACGAUCACGGCAGGUAUUCUCGUCUGUGUCGCCGGGAACUAUGCAGCCACAUGGCACAUGAACAGCAAAAUUCGCACUGCUUACGCUCUCCAAGCGAAGAAAUACGGUGAUGCGCCAGUCUCAGCCGAAGAAAGACCUCGUCGUGUACUCGUGGUCUGGCUCAGAUACUUAUUGUCGAAUGAAAACGGUCAUGUUACGCUGACAAUGAGAGUCCAACUAGAGGCUUUAGCAGCGGCUGUGGACACGCAAGAAGCGGACGCAAUUUAUAUCGUAGGUGGCGAUGGAACUCUCGGAAGAGUUGUAACAGGAAUUCUACGGAACAGGCUCAACAGCUUACUGCCGAUAGGAGUGUUCCCUGGCGGAUAUGACAAUCUUUCGCUAAAACGACUUGCUCCACACGUUUUCGAAUCGUCGAAAGAUGUUCGGAGAAUGUGUGAGAGUGCAAUGGCUCUCAUCGAAGAGCAAAGUCGAAAAGUUCAAGCUUUUGAGUUCACUCUAGAAGGCGAUGAGUCAGCGCUGCCGAUUUAUGGGGUCGGUGACGUGGGUGCUGGAUGGUUCCGUCAUAUAGAGGAACGCCGACGUAAACUGUGGUACUUCGGAAGGUUAAAACGUCGUUGGGCUUAUCUGUGGGAGAUGUUAAAGCGUUCCCCAACUGAUAUGGAGGCAAAGAUGCUGUAUGAGGAGGCAUGUACUGGUUGCCGAAGGUGUCGUCCACCUGUUGUAUUCGAGCCACCCGCCUGGCGAUGGUGGCAUAUUCUCACUGGACCACCUCGUCUUCAAGAACCAGAAGUGAAACAGGACUACUCAAAUGUUGAAAACGAAAACUGUGGACGUAUUCGAGAAGUUGAUUUGAAAGGCACUGAUCUGAUUAUCGAGAAUAACCAGCAAGAAGUGCGAAUGGGAGGCGAAGAAGCUGGACGAAAAGGAGUGGUCGCUGAAGGCUGGAGAAGGUGCUCAAAUAAUCGAGUAGGAACGAGUGACAACGAUGACUUCUACACCACCGAUCUUCUCGCUAAGGCGAUAUCACUCACGUUCGUGAAACUGCCGGAGUUCAUUCACCGCUUAUAUGUGUCAAGUGAUCACGUGAGUGAACCACCUCUCGAAGGCAAGAAGAUCAAUGUGAAGAGUACGGAUCGUUACGUAGAAAUUACCCAAAAGACCAUAAUCACCAGUUUUGUCGCUUCUCAGAAGGAGAGCAACUCAGCGACAAAACUGGUGAUUGGUUUAGAUAUCAUCAAAGGG